AUGGCUACACAGUCAGCGCCGAAAGUUGUGCUAAAAUGCACCACCAAGGCAUCUCUAAAUGAGCGCUUUACUAAUAUUCUGAAGAACAAACAGCCGAUGCCAGUGAAUAUGCGGGCUUCCAUGCAGCAGCAGCAGCAGCUAGCCAGUGCUAGAAACAGAAGACUGACCCUGCAGAUGGAGAACAGGCCCUCUAUCCAGGCAUUAUUAAAACUUAAGCAAAGCUCAAAGCAGCGCCUGGGUAAGAGUAACAUCCAGGCACGUUUAGGCCGAACCAUAGGUACCCUGGCCAGGGGAGCUAUUGGAGGAAGUGACCUACCCAUCAUCCAAAGAGGCUUGCCCCGAGGAGGACUAGGUGGGGCACGUGCCACCAGGACCCCGCUUGGUGGCAGGAAGAUGCUCCAAGGUCAAAACCUGCUCCAAGGUGGAAGAGCCUUAGCUACAGGAAUGGACUUAAGAAGAGGUGGUAUUCGAGGUCGUGGAGGUCCUGGGAGAGGGGGCCUAGGGCGUGGAGCCAUGGGUCAUGGCAGAAUCUGUGGUGGAGUUCCGGCUAUGAUAUGUCCAGGAAGAGAGGCCUUUGGAGGCAGAGGCCAAGGUCGUGGCCGAAGGAGAGGU